AUGUUUCAAUUGCCAAUCUUGAAUUUCAGUCCCCAGCAGGUUGCGGGGGUAUGCGAGACUUUGGAGGAGAGUGGGGACAUCGAACGCCUCGGCCGGUUCCUCUGGUCGCUGCCGGUCGCCCCUGGUGCCUGCGAGGUUCUCAACCGCAAUGAGUCGGUUUUGCGGGCUCGGGCCAUCGUGGCUUUUCACACUGGGAAUUUCCGUGAGCUCUACCACAUUCUGGAGAACCACAAGUUCACCAAAGAGUCGCAUUCCAAACUGCAAGCGCUUUGGCUGGAGUCUCACUACCAAGAGGCGGAGAAGCUCCGGGGUCGCCCGCUAGGGCCGGUGGACAAAUACAGGGUACGGAAGAAGUUCCCACUACCCAAAACAAUUUGGGAUGGUGAACAAAAGACUCAUUGCUUCAAAGAAAGGACCCGACAUUUGCUCCGAGAGUGGUACCUCCAAGACCCUUACCCAAACCCUAGCAAAAAGAGAGAGCUCGCACAAGCUACAGGACUCACUCCCACCCAAGUCGGAAACUGGUUUAAAAAUCGGAGACAAAGGGACAGAGCCGCGGCAGCCAAAAACAGGUUACAACAGCAAGUGAUGUCCAAUGGCUCGGUUCGAUCCCUGACUGGAGAAGACGGCGCAGUGGACCGUCUCGGAACCGCGUCGAGCCCCGAAGCAAGCCUGUCUAGCAAAGCGGCCGCGUCGGCCAUCUCCAUCACUUCGAGCGACAGCGAAUGUGACAUCUAA